UUAGGAGCCUCCUUCUAGACAGUGAGGCAGGUCAGAGGUCAGCAAAUACAGGACGUUGUCUUUCAGGCAGUCCUCAUGGCUGAGUGAGCUUUCCUUGGCCCAGCAAUCUACCCCAGCAUGGUCCAGGCCUGUGAGGGGCGCUCCAGAGCACAGCCACUGACCUUGUUUUGGGGGGCAGCCAUGACCCAGCCUCCACCCACCAAAGCUCCAGCCAAGAAGCAUGUGCGCCUGCAGGAGAGAAGGGGCUCCAGUGUGGCUCUGAUGCUGGAUGUGAGGUCCUUGGGCGCCGUGGAACCCAUCUGCUCAGUGAACACACCCCGGGAGGUCACAAUACACUUUCUGCGCACAGCCGGACACCCCCUUACACGCUGGGGUCUACAGCACCAGCCACCCAGCCCCAAGCAGCUAGAAGAGGAGUUCCUGAAGAUCCCCUCAAACUUUGUCAACCCUGAAGAACUGGAUAUCCCUGGGCAUGCCUCCAAGGACCGAUACAAGACCAUCUUGCCAAAUCCCCAGAGCCGCGUCUGUCUCAGCCGGGCACAGAGCCAGGAGGAUGGUGACUACAUCAAUGCCAACUACAUCCGAGGCUAUGAUGGCCAGGAGAAGGUCUACAUUGCCACCCAGGGCCCCAUGCCAAACACUGUAGCGGACUUCUGGGAGAUGGUGUGGCAAGAAGAAGUGUGCCUCAUUGUCAUGCUCACCCAGCUUCGAGAGGGCAAGGAGAAAUGUGUACAUUACUGGCCCACAGAAGAGGAGACCUAUGGGCCCUUCCGGGUCCGCAUCCAGGACACUAAAGAACACCCGGAAUAUACUGUGAGGCAGCUUACCAUCCAGCACCAAGAGGAAUGCCGGUCAGUAAAGCACAUCCUCUUUUCGGCCUGGCCAGACCACCAGACUCCAGAAUCGGCUGGGCCCCUGCUGCGCCUGGUGGCUGAGGUGGAGAGCCCAGAGACAGCGGCCAACUCUGGGCCUAUCGUGGUCCACUGCAGUGCUGGGAUUGGCCGGACAGGCUGCUUCAUCGCCACGCGCAUCGGCUGCCAGCAGCUGAAGGCCCGAGGGGAAGUGGACAUUCUGGGCAUCGUAUGCCAACUGCGCCUAGACAGAGGAGGCAUGAUCCAGACUGCAGAACAGUACCAGUUCGUGCACCACACACUGGCCCUGUAUGCAGCCCAAAUGCCCCAGGAGCCCAGCUCCUGA